CGUCGUCGUCGUCGUUGUUGCCGUCCCCGUCGUCAGCGUCUAUUAGAUCGAGAGACCCGAGGGGUGAAAGGGGACCAUCUGGGCUGGCGCGCAUCAUCAUGUCGUGCAUCACGAUCGGCAUCCUCAUGAUACUCGCGUCGAUCACGCGAAGCUGCGACGGUUGCCCUUUCUGCGCCCGGCAACAGCCUUCUUCGGAGCAGCAGCAGCAGCAGCAGCAACAGCAACAGCAACAACAAUUGUACCGGACGAUCGGCAGUCCGAGACCGUUCGGCGCCGACAAGCCGACCCGCGUCCAGGAGUUCAACCGCACCGGCGUGCUACAUCCCGAGUACCAGAUACCGGCGACCAUCAGGCCCGGCAACGUGUCUCAGUUCUAUUACCUGAGCCCACGGGAAGGCCCGCCUCUCACGUUACUCGUUAGCCCGUGCAGCGGCCCGAUAUCUUGGACGGUCAGUUACGUGGAGCCGCCCGAAAACGAUCAGGAAGCGGAAGGAGUAAAGUCUCAAACGCGGUGGCCCGUGAAGACUCUGAAGCCGGGCUCGCCACUCUUCACGUACGUGGGCGCGGACGACCAAAAUUUCACGAUACCAAAGACGCGGGCCGGUCUUUACUGGUUCGAGAUCAAGUCCGUGGAGUCGGCGAGCAACGGCUCGGCGGAACGCGCGCCCGGCACGGUGCUUCUCUACGCGACGUCCAGCGCCCUGGACCACGUACCGGGUGUACUGUACGCGAGCGAGAAGGAACAUCGACAUCGCUCGCUGAGAUUUCAGCAGCGGCGCAGUAAACGGCGCUUGACGAUCUCCUGGAACAAAAGCCACGUAGAUCCUCAUCUGUCAAACUACUGUUUAGCUGUCACCUCGGGCUCGCAGCCGCACCCGUCGACGCUCUGCGCGGCGCAGAAUGUUCUGAAAACUCAUCCGCACUCGGCUCCGAGAACUGGAUCGUCCUCGAAGGAGCAUCACCAUCGGGGCAUCCCGGAAGGUCUGCACUGCGUGCGGCAGACCAAACUGACGCUUCAUAGGAUGAGAUACGACACUACGUACAACUUUACUCUAUACGUGGUGAACACCCGGAAUAACGUUUCCAAUCGGGUCGCCGUCGACGCGAUCAGGUUCAAAAAGACGCCGGAGCUGACGUUACGUACCGGUCAUUAUACUACCGCUAAUUUACGAAAGACGGAUGGUUUCGUCAAUUUCCGUUACCGGCCUCCGGACAACACCUCGAGCACCUUUCACAUACUUCCCUGCGGCGGAGGCAUCGUGAAGGCGAAACUGAGCGGACAAGGGAUAUUACGGGAAAAAGAGGUGGUUGGGUAUGCCUCAUUGCGUGUACCUCCUCUACCACCCGGUAAGACGUACACCUUACGUAUAUCGACCACACCGCAGGAACUAGUUCGAGUAUCCACGAUAAAAGUACUAGCCACACAGGAGUCGUCCACUAUUUAUCCGCAAAUACCAUCUAGAAGCCCGCCGCGCGAGUACCGAUCCCUGAGGACCUGCCACGAGGUGACGAUAGGCGUGGAGCCGGCCGGUGCCGCCAAGUAUUGCAUCCUGGUGAAGGAGCUGCGCAGCUCAUCGUCCCUAACCAGCGUCACGACCGUGCCCGAUCAGUGCGGGCUUCAUCGGCGCAGGCGGUCCGAAUACACGUUCGAGGUAUGCGAGGAGAAGCAUAGUCCUCCAAAGGAUCGCGCACUGCCGUUCACCUUGAGGAGGCUGCAACCGGGCAAAGCCUACCUCCUGCAAAUCACAGCGCAACUCAAGGGUCAGUCCUUGUCCUAUCCUCUGCUAGGUGUGCGCACGCGACGUACCUGCGUAACGUAAUCUACGCGAUU